AUGUCGGACGCUUCACCCGAGAGCUCGGCAGGAGCCGGUUCUACCGUCACGCUCGUGAUCAAGGCUUGUGAUAUGUGCCGUAAGAAGAAGAUACGAUGUGAACCAACAGGCCAAACAUGUGUGCAAUGCCUCAAAUACAAGACCUUGUGUCACUUCACGCCGAUUAGCACGAAGCGUGCAGCACGGAAGCCAGCUGGACAUAAGCGAGUUGAAGAAUUGGAGAAGCGAUUGAAGAGUAUGGAGGAGAGUCUGAAGCGAGCUACGGCAAAGCUUCAGCAGCCGCAGUCGAACGGAACCGUUGAGACGGCUCUGGCAAGGAGGGACUCAACUGUCCGGAUUCUACCUGACGAAGUUGGGUCGACGUCAUUCUUAGACCAAAUGCGCGAGGACUUCCCCAUUGAUGUAGCAGUCAACAUACCCUGGGACGAACCCCACCUACCAGAUCUGGAUAUGAAUUAUUCUACCGGCCCUCUUAUCACAACACCAUACGGUUCCAAAACAAUGCCACCGUGGAACAUGAAUCCCAUGACCGAUCUUUUUUCACGCAAAGUAUUCAGACCUCUCCCGCCGAAGGAAGAAAUGCUCAAACUCAUCCACAUCUCCCUGCAAGGGGUCAACGGUGCAUUCCCUCUCUACGACCAAGACUCUUUCGUCAAGAAACUCGAUGAUUUAGAGACUAGCAUCCAGGAACCCGGUUUUUGGGCCUCCUUGAACGUCGUGCUAGCGCUCGCCUAUAGAUUUCGUAUCGCCGUGGAGAAGGAAGGGAGCAUGGAAGAGAUAAAUGCUUGGAAGUUCUUCCAAAACGCGUUGAGCGUCGUGAACCAACUCACUCUCCUACCUCCCUCUCUCAUCUCCACACAAGCCUUGAUCGGCAUGGCAAUCAUAUCACAAGGAACUCCAAAUCCCGCACCCUAUGCCUUCCUCAGCUCAGCAGCCAUGAAGAUGGCCCAGCAGCUCGACCUACAUCGAAGCGCUCGAUACCAGGCCGCCCAAUAUCCCAGUCUCAGCGCGGCCGAAAUCGAGCAGCGCACGCGCGUCUUCUGGAUAGCGUACUUCAUGGACAAAGACAUCAGUUUGAGGACAGGUCGACCACCUAUCCAAGAAGAUGAUGACAUGGAUGUCAAUGAGCCAAGCUACUGCAGGAACGCACCUGCUGGCGCCAAUGAACACAAUUUUUUCAAGUUACGUAUCGACCUUGCUCGCAUCCAAGGAAGAAUUUACAGACAGCUGCUUUCAGUACCAGCGAACAAACAAUCCGUUGCUGAACGAGUAAUCGCAGUCCGAAUGCUCGAGGCUAGUCUUCAGGAGUGGAAAGCGACUGUGCCGAUCGAGUAUCAGCAGGACUACUACGCAGUUCCGCCUCCUGCGAUAGUAUUCGAGAUGACGCCUGCGCUACACUCGGUCAUUCUACGAUUGACGUAUUUCCAUGCCUUGAAUACAGUCCAUCGCUUCUCCACGCCGCUAAACCACUGGCAGAACAUCAUCGAGCAGCCUAUGCCGAUGGACCCAAAUAUGAGCCACGAGCCGCCUGCGCCAAUCACAUGUAUCGAGGAGGCUCGGAAGGCAUUGAAACUAUUGCUAGUCACACCACAAGGGGAUUUUGCUUGUAUAUGGGUUGUCCUCCACAUCUUCGUCUCAGCAACCACCACCCUCCUAGCUCACAUCCUUUCCAAUCCUCUUCACCCCUUCGCCCACUCUGAUCUCCAGCUAAUUGAGCCGCUCCUCAGCCUCCUCGGUCUUCUCUCCUUGCAAGGCAAAAACGCAGAAGUCGAAGGCAUGUACGAGAGCUGCCGGACGAUGUGGGAGCGUGCGCGUAGGACGGUGUGGGAGGCGCGAGGAAGUGGUAUUGCGUAUGGAAACGAGAAUGGAUUUGGAAUUGGAAAUGGAAAUGGACUUGGUGUGCCCGUGAAUCUUACACCGAUGAACCUUACUCCGACAAUUAGUGCGGGGAAGUGCGGGGAAGUGAAGGAGAGUUUGGAGGAUUUUAUGAAGAGGAUUGAAAGCAUUGCGGGAGGAGGUGAGAGUGCGUUUGAGUUUGAGUAUAUAAAUUAG